CACAGUACCACUACCGCCCAUUCAUCACACAACCAUUUAAGAACACUUUCCAUCCCCAAACUCAGAACCAAAAUCAGGGAAAGAAGAAUUACCCAAGCAUGGAGACAGUGCCCAGCGCAGAACAACGCCAGAUCUUCCUCGCGUGUCGUGCGAUCUUCAGCGGCACGAACGCCAACAUCCGAAAGACGAAGACCAUCCGCGCCCACCUGGAAAACCACCACGAUUCACUGCAAGCGCUGAUCCCCAGCUACAACGUCUGGCGCGCCCUGCCUGUGGUCAAGUAUUUCUUGGAAAAGGGCCUGUUCCAGUCAAACAGCAAAGCUCAGGUGGAGUUUCCUGGUCUCCUGGAGCCGUGUUCCGUCCGGCAGACGCAGCAUGCUGCGCUUGAACAAGAGGCAUCGCGUUCCGCUGAACAGGCUCUCCAGGAGGUCACAGAGACGUACGAGGCGCAGCAACGUCAAGAGGAGGAAGAGAAUGAGAAACGAAACGGGGGUCCCGUGCCAGAGCCUGCCAUGGUCUCGAUACCGAUCGCUAUCAAUUCCGAUGAAGUCGGACAGCAUGUGUGUGCAAAUGCAUCAGAUCAGACCCUGUCCUCCGAACGACCGCCCACCCCACUCUUCCCGCUCUAUCUGCCCUACCACGCCCAGCAUCAUAUCCUAACCACCGUCCAAAAGGUCCUGGAGGAGUGCAUCUUUGCCUUCUGCCACAAGUGGCUGCCAGACGAGCUCGCACGCCGGGGCUGGGACUGCGCGGCGGCAGUCGAACUGAGCAAGUGGACGCGGCUCCUUGGCCCAUGGGCGUCGCAGCUGCCCGAUGGCACGCUCCGUCCGUCGGACCUCGCGCUGGAGACGAUGCUCGCGAGGGUCGUGAAGAUUCGGCACACUGCGGUGCAUCGCCUCCCCACGACGGCACAGGGGGUCUGCGACCUCGUAGCUGUCGCCGUGAAACUGGCCGCGGCGCUGGGCGACGCGCUGCGCACCGCGCAGCUGGAUGAUUUGCAUCGUGACUUGCAGGAGAAGACCACGAUUCUGGAGUCGAACAAGAGUCUGCUGGAAGCGAAUCUCGCCUGCGAGUUGGACAGCAUACGGGCGGAGCGGGAGCGGCUGGAUCGGCGGGAGGAGGCGCUCCGGGCGAAGACGAUUCGGGAUGACGGCGAGAACAAGCGUAUGGUUGGACUGUUGGUGGAAAGGUCGCUCGAUCAGAUCUUCAAUGUCUGCGCGGUCGGGCCUAAGACUGAAACGUACUGUUCGUCUGGGUUUGCGGUUAUCAUUCCUGAAUGGACUCGAGGCCUGCUUCGAGGUGGAACCGUUGGUAGAGGCUUAGGGUUGGGGCUUCGAGUGUUUGUUGUGAUAUGUUGCUUUCUAUUGCUGGCGUGGGCGGUAUGGCAUAGGACUGGCAUGGACUGAGACGUCCCCAGGGUUGGAAAGGAGGGGAACGGCUUUGCUUUCACGGGUCCACGGUCGCAUUUUAAUUUUCU